UGAGUGGACGCGUCUUGCACGAAUACGAACUCGGUUCCUUAGUGCUUGAGAAUAGACAUUUGAUCCAAGAGUUAUUUUUGUUUAAUUAGAUUCCUUAAAGUCCAGUGUUGAAAGUUUGAAAAAGCGCAAUUAACUACGUACAUUCUUUCAUCAAAAAUUGGAGCAUAACACAUUUCAAGUGGUCGUUUCUCUCUGUUUCAACGUUUAAAUUAAUGAAAAUGAAAACCGACGACAGGAGCAACGUGCCAAAAGUUCGGAUUGCUAUAAUUGGGAUGUCAAAUGUUGGCAAGUCCGCUCUUACCGUCCGAUACUUAACGAGACGCUACAUUGGAGAAUACAGAAGUAACACUGAUUUACUGUAUAAACAAACUUUAUCAAUAAACAACACAUUAGUUGAUGUUGAAAUAGUGGACGUUUGUUGCACAUCCAACAACAUAGAGCAAUUUCCAGAAGAACCCAUUUACUGGGCUGAUGCAUGCGUUGUAGUAUACGAUGUUACAUCAAAAAGUUCCCUAACGUACGCAAUAGAUCUCCUGAAAACAGUUCACAAAUUGAGGAGUCAAAAUCCAAUGCCAACCGUCUUAAUUGGAAACAAGGCCGAUUUAGAACAUCUUAGAGAGGUGGAAGAAAUAGAAGGAAGAACAGCCGCCAUCCAGAAUAAUUGCAGUCAAUUUUUAGAAGUAUCAGUUGCAGAGAAUAGCUUAUCAAUUUACAGCGUGUUUGAUCUUCUUAUCAACGAGUGCCGUUCAACAGUUAGUAGUACCCAAAAGACUAGAAAAUUUUCUGUGUCUAAGAUGAUUGGUACGCUGAUUGGAAAUAGUAAUGGAAAAAUAUCGAAUUCGCCCAGUAAUGGGGGCACGGUAGUAGUUUGUCACAAGUCCGAUUUAUACAAGUCUCGGUUCUUAAAGAGAAGACAGAACUGCACAAAAACGGGGUCUUUAUGAUUUUCAAAAGGAUACGCAUUCGAUCUUAUUUUCUCAGUUGUAUGAGAAAAUUUAAUAAUUCUGUAUAAAAUUUGUGUAAUGUGUAAGCAGGUAUCUUGCUAAACAAUUACAUUUACUUUAUCAAUUAUUAUAUUAUUAGGAGGUACGUCCAGUUUUAAUUGUAUUUAUCCGGUUGAAAACAUUUCUUUGUAUUUUUAAUCUAAGCAUAUCCUAUUUCUGUCAUUUAAAAUGUUUUACCGCGUUUUAAAUUAUGAGAUUAAUUCUAUAAGAAAAGAAAAUUAAACCGUUAGCUCAUUUAGGAAUGAUAUGUAAAGCAGGGGUAUAUACAUAUGUAAAUAUGUAUAUGGGUAUAUACAUAUGUAAAUAUCUGAAUUAAAUAUGUAAAUUUGACAAUAUUUAGACAAAAGGUUAUUAUCGAAUAUGCUUCUUAUCGUUGUUUCGGAUUUGUAUUAAUUUCUUAGAAGUCUAAAAAUGAAACAGAAGUGGCGACGAUUAACAUUUACAAAAUUUUAUUGUAUGGGAAAAUGAUAACAGUAUGCAAAAGUCAAGUUUAAUGUUUCCAAAGAAGUUUUUUAUUCUUAUUUUAUUGCAAUAGUUAAACAAUUAUUUUGGUGAUUGAACUUGGUCAUUUUUCAUACUGUUAUGGACUUUAGACCUUAAUAGUUAAAUAUUGUCACUUUUAAUACUUUUUAGGCCUAGAUAUUAUUAUUUUUAAUUAUGAAGACACAUAAUCAUCAUCUCUCCUACAUUGUAUACCAAUUACUAAUUAAGAAAAUGAACUGUGAUACUCAACAAAAGAUUUUUAUACAAGGUGGAACUACCAGUGUUGACUGUAGUUUAAUGUGUAGCUUUUAAAUAAAAUCAUUUUUUACAUUUUA